AUGGUAUCCCGUAAGCCUUUGAGUUAUGGGCUUUAUUCAGCCGCUGAAGUUCGCGAAUUUGCGAACGACUGGUCGGAGUUCGAUAGUGCGAUCGCGGUUGAAGGUCCCAGACCAACUUCUUUUAAACCUUCUGCGGCUAGUGAGAGUUAUUUCCAUUCUUACAGCUAUAUCGGUAUACAUGAGGAGAUGUUGAAGGAUGCAGUUCGUACAGGGACCUAUCACCGGGCAAUAACGCAGAACCGGCACUUAUUUGAGGACAAGGUGGUACUUGAUCUUGGCUGUGGUACUGGGAUCUUAUCACUUUUUUGUGUUGCUGCCGGUGCUCGUCAUGUUUAUGCCAUAGAGUGUAGUACUAUAAUCCACUUAGCAAAAAGGCUUGCGGAACAGAACGGAGCAAGUGACAAGGUUACUUUUUUACACGGUAAAUGUGAGGAUCUGGAACUCCCCGUGCCCAGUGUCGACAUCAUCGUUAGCGAAUGGAUGGGUUAUUUUUUACUUUACGAGAACAUGCUGGAAUCCGUAUUGUUUUGCCGUGACAAGUGGUUGAAGCCAGGUGGUUUGAUUUUUCCAGACAGAGCACGGUUGUACAUGUGCGCUAUAGAGGACGCUGAGUACAAGUGUGAUAAGCUGGACAGUUGGCGUGACGUUUAUGGUUUUGACUUUUCACCUAUCCGACCCUAUCUUCUUGAAGAGCCUUUGGUGGAUGUGGUGGACAAUAAGACGAUGAAUACCACCGAUUGUUGUGUGUUAGACCUUGAUUUGCAUACCUGUACGCUUGCUGAUUUGGAUUUUCAUAGCGAAUUUAUGAUAAUAGUUCAACGAAAGGACUAUAUACAUGCUCUGUGUUUCUGGUUCGACGUCACUUUCUCAGCUUGCCACAUGCCACUGACCCUUACGACAAGUCCCCGAGAGCAGUAUACUCACUGGAAACAGACGGUAUUUUAUCUUCCAGAUGAUCUGAUUGUUGAUUGCGGUGACAAGAUUAAGGGCAUGAUAGCGGUGCGGCGUAACGCUGAUAAUCCGCGUGAUCUCGAUGUGAAGCUUCACUAUCACCACAUGGGUAUGAACCACAGUGUGGAGAACAGUCACUUCUAUCGCAUUCGCUAA